GCGCAGGGCUCCGCGCCUGCGAGAGGGCGGCGGGGGCGUCGCCCAGCGGGGGGAGGCCCCUUCCGUGGCGCCGCCAUCGCCGGCCGGCCCCACGCGCCAUGGCUCUGAAGAGAAUCCACAAGGAGCUGAAUGACCUGGCCCGGGACCCACCAGCACAGUGUUCGGCAGGUCCCGUCGGAGAUGACAUGUUCCAUUGGCAAGCCACAAUAAUGGGGCCAAACGACAGCCCCUAUCAGGGAGGAGUAUUUUUCUUGACAAUUCAUUUCCCGACAGAUUACCCCUUCAAACCGCCCAAGGUUGCAUUUACGACGAGAAUCUACCAUCCAAACAUCAACAGUAACGGCAGCAUUUGCCUCGAUAUCCUCCGGUCACAGUGGUCUCCAGCACUAACUAUUUCAAAAGUACUCUUGUCCAUCUGUUCUCUGUUGUGUGACCCCAAUCCAGAUGAUCCUCUAGUGCCUGAGAUUGCCCGGAUCUACAAAACAGAUAGAGAAAAGUACAACAGGAUAGCUCGGGAAUGGACUCAGAAGUACGCCAUGUAAUCACCGCCGCGGCCGGAUCGACCCCGCUCCCAGAUAAAGCCGGGGGAACUCUGA